CCCAGUUUAUACAUUCCCAUAGUUAUAAUUUCUUCUGCGAACCACCACAAUCCGAAGUCAUGGCAGGUACUUUGGCACGUAAAGCUGUUGACCACCUUAACAGCAUGGAGUUCAGAGACUAUUUGAUGAGCACACACUUCUGGGGACCUGUGGCCAACUGGGGUCUGCCCAUUGCAGCCAUCAGUGACAUGAAGAAAAGCCCCGAGAUUAUCAGUGGCAGAAUGACCUUUGCUUUGACCUGCUACUCCCUCCUGUUUAUGAGGUUUGCAUACAAAGUUCAGCCAAGGAAUUGGCUCCUCUUUGGUUGCCAUCUAACCAAUGAGACCGCCCAGCUCAUUCAAGGUUCACGACUUAUCAAAUACAACAGUGAGAAGAAAUCUUCUUAG